ACAAUAACCAAGAGUUGAUUGCUCAAUCUCUCCUGGUACAAAACAAAAGAUCCAUUAUGAAACAGUUGAGAGAAAGACAUACUUUAAAGAGAGAAAGAUCUAAGUUAUUAUACAACAAAGUAGAAAACAAUAGCAUUUGAAAUGUAAUCAUGGACUUAGAAUUAUAAGUUAAAGUGUUUAUCAAAAAAGAAAAAAGAAAAAGUUUAAGAUACCAUGGCCAUAUUGCUUCAAGAAAAUCAACUUUUUUACCAGUAUUAGCUGAAAAAGAAGUCAAGAAAUUCCACAUUAAACAAUUCAGGGAAUUUUUCAAAAUUUCAACCAUCAUAUCACCUAUACAUCAUUGUUAUGGUUUAUGGAACAAUCCUCUCUCUCUCCUUCUUUUUUGCACCAAACUUCUUACUAAAAAGUGUCACCUACUUAGUUCUUUAAGAGCUUGGUAGAUCUUGAGACUUCAAAAUCUUUUGGUACUUUAGCAGUGAAAUGGGGAUGCUUGUGGCUCUUUUGCUGCUGAUCAUGUCUGCCUUUUCAGUUCUUGGAUCUGCAGACACUUCCAUCUCCCCUAAACAGUCUCCUUCCGGCUUCGGCAGGAGCAGACAUGGAAGGCUAGGCACUUUACCACCCAACAGAGCAUUCCACAGUUCCUCAUCCGGAGAUCAAUUCCCAACUAAAGUCCCUCAUCCACCUAAUGCUAUUAGGCCUUCAAGUAUUGCACUUCCACCUUCUACAUCAUCACAUGGAAGUCCUGCAUUUUCGCCUUCGAGCUCAAUACACAGAAAUCAUUAUCAUGCAAGGAGUCAUCACAGACCUCUUGAACCAUCUCGGUUAAAUCCUUCGCCAAGUUACAUUCAGAGAGCUCCUUCAGUUCCUACAUUACGCUCUCCCUCUUCUUCAUCAAUGAGCUGGGGUUCUAUUGCACCUGCAUUAUCGCCGGCUAAUCACUGGAGCCAUUUUAGUAGUACGAGAAGACUUACUUCUAAAUCUGUGCACACUCAUCCUCCUGCAACGUCUCCAUUGGGCUCUUACUUGAAGAAGAUGAAGGCUCCGCAACCAUCACAAAUUAUGUCUCUACCACCCCCACCUCCUAGUGGAGAUUGUGCAUCAAUUACAUGCACAGAACCACUAACUUAUACACCUCCUGGCACAUUUUGUGGGUGUGUAUUUCCCAUUCAAGUUAAACUCCGACUUGGCGUUGCAAUAUACACAUUCUUCACUUUGGUUACAGAGUUGGCUGAAGAAAUUGCAGCCAGUGUUGCACUAAACCACAGCCAAGUUCGCAUAAUGGGAGCAAAUGCAGCUAGCCGGCAACUAGAGAAAAGCAAUGUUCUCAUCAAUCUGGUACCAGGGGGUGUAAAAUUUUCUGAUAAUUCUGCAAUGUCAAUCUACAGGAAGUUCUGGAAUAGAGAGGUUCAUAUCAAGGCUUCCCUCUUUGGUACCUAUGAUGUAUUAUACGUUCAUUAUCCAGGUCUUCCAUCCUCUCCACCUUCGCCUUUAAGCAUUUCUACUAUAGAUGAUGAACCAUAUUCCAACCAUGACAACAAUGGAAUAACAAACAAACCUUUAGGAGUCAAUGUGCCCAGGAGGAAAAAAGAUGGGCUUGCUGGAGGUAUGGUGGCUAUAAUAGUUCUUUCCUCUGUCACUGCCUUGGUUAUAUGUAUGGCAGUUCUCUGGCUUUUGCUGUUGAAAUGUGGAAACUGUAUUCAUCAACCUUGGCCAGUUAUAAAAGCCUCAGUUUCCCUCCCUGAAAAACCAUCAGGAACUGCUGUGCCUGUUACUUAUGGGAGCAUGCCUAGUUCUGCAUCAAUGUCCUUCAGUUCUGGUGCCAUGACAUAUACAGGAUCUGUUAAAGUUUUCUCCUUGAUUGACAUAGAGAGGGCCACUAAGAACUUUGAUUCUUCAAGGAUCCUAGGUGAAGGUGGGUUUGGACUUGUCUACCAUGGCAAGUUAGAUGAUGGCAGGGAGGUGGCUGUGAAGGUUUUGAAGAGAGCUGAUCAGCAUGGUGGUCGUGAGUUCUUGGCAGAAGUUGAGAUGCUUGGCCGUCUACAUCAUAGAAACCUAGUUAAGUUGAUUGGUAUAUGCACGGAGGCAAAUACUCGCAGCCUAAUAUAUGAACUUAUUCCAAGUGGAAGUCUUGAGUCUCACUUACAUGGAGUUGACAAGGUAACUGAUCCACUAGAUUGGGAUGCCCGAAUGAAGAUUGCCCUUGGCGCAGCUCGAGGUUUAGCCUAUCUGCAUGAAGACUCAAGCCCUCGAGUUAUACAUCGAGACUUCAAGUCCAGUAACAUCUUGCUAGAACAUGAUUUUACACCUAAGGUUUCUGAUUUUGGCUUGGCUCGAGCAGCAAUGGAUGAUGGAAACAAGCACAUAUCUACGCAUGUUAUGGGAACUUUCGGUUAUCUGGCUCCUGAGUAUGCAAUGACAGGACAUCUUCUUGUGAAGAGUGAUGUUUACAGCUAUGGUGUAGUCCUCCUUGAACUUUUAACGGGACGAAAACCUCUAGACCUUUCCCAACCACCAGGUCAAGAAAAUCUUGUUGGUUAUGCUCGUCCUCUACUCACAAGCAAGGAGGGGUUAGAAACAGUAAUAGAUCCAGCUAUAAAGUCUACUGUUUCCUUUGAUACCAUAUUCAAGGUAGCAGCAAUUGCAUCAAUGUGUGUGCAACCAGAAGUAUCUCACCGUCCUUUCAUGGGUGAAGUAGUUCAGGCUUUGAAGCUUGUCUGUAAUGAGUUUGAUGAAACAGAAGUGCAGCCAUCAAGAAGUCGCAGUAAUGAGAAUCUUCAGACUGAUGUAGAUAGCAAGAAAAUUAGAGUUCCAGGUGAAAUUAUAGAAGUUUCACAAUCCCAUCUCCCACUUCCAUUAUCAAAAUCUGAUUUGUUCACUACAUCCACGGGACUUGAGGGGCAGGAGUUUGGGUCUUUCAGGAGGUACUCUAGUUCAGGGCCUUUGAGUACAGGAAAGAGAAGACAGUUCUGGCAGAGAUUAAGAAGUUUGUCUGGAGGAAGCAUGAGUGAACAUGGAUUUUCACUCAAGCUAUGGCCAGGAACCAGUUAAAUUUUGCCAAGUAGUAAAUCUCCAAUUUGUGCAGAUCAACGUAAGAUGAAGUCACAUGCCUCUUGCCAACAGCUCAGGAAGAUUUCAACAGAGUUUUCAAGUUCGGGUUUCAUUGAUGCUAGAAACCAACCAGCAAUGAAGUUGAGCCUGGAGCUGACGGAUUUGAUCUGUAAACACCAUUAGCACAAACAGUAUAUUACAUGGCCUGAUUGUCUAUCUUGGUUUCAGAAGAGGUCUGUUUUUUAAUCCAAACAAUCCUCAGUUAUUCAUAGUCCACUCAUUUAUGAAUUUGUUAACAUUUUUGUUUGA